UCCACUAGAGAACAGAGUGCCAAGCCAUUUUCGCGUCCAGGGCAGCCUGCGCAAGUUGACCGUGGACCCGUGGUGCUCGGCCAAGAACCACCUACUCAAGAGGCCCCAGCGAUGGUGCUGACCCGGCGGUUCAUCUUCCUCUUCCCCGCCGCCGUCCUGGCCGGACUCGCCUCCGCCUCGGCGUCGCCCUUCCUGUCUGACAGCUUAUUCCAGGCCAGCACCGGAUCGACGGGGAGGAGCUUGCUGCAGGCCAAGAAUGACUGUCCUAUGAGCUUCGAGACCCAGAACUACACGAUCCUCACAAACAAGUGCAAAGGGCCACAAUACCCUCCUACCGAAUGUUGUGAUGCUUUCAAGGAAUUUGCAUGCCCAUUUGCCGCGUAUAUCAACAACCAGAGCACCUACUGUGCAGACACAAUGUUCAGCUACAUCAGCUUCCAUGGCUACCCAGCAGGCCUAUUCGGCGACGAGUGCCUAAAAGGAAAAGAAGGGGUUUCUUGUGAAGGCAUCCCAGCGGUAGACACCGGCGUGCCCAGUGGCGGGCGACAAGUUCAAGGGGUUUCGCGUCCUUUGUUUGUGUUCCUGUGUGGACUAGGAGCAAUGUUGUUAUCUUGAGUGGCGAUUCCUUGGACUUUCAACAAACAUGGCGUGUUGUCAGUUAUAAGUUGUAAGGCUUAGGAUUCAUUUGCUUCUCCUUGACACUCUCUUCCAUUGCUAUAAUGUACCCUUUUGUUACACAAUUAUAUACAUGACAUCUUAAGAUUCAACAUUAUAUGGAUGAUCACAUCCUGCUAUUGGGAGAGUGCACACCCAAAUUGUAAAUCAGGGAAUCAAAUAUCAAUUAACUAUU